AUGGAGCUGAUUCUGGAGGAGAAAUGGAAAAACAUGGAGGAGAAAAUGGAGGAGAGGUGGGUCAGAAGGAAAGCAACAAUAGAGAAGCGCUGCAAAGAUAUUCUAGAAGCGGCUCUCCAGGCCAAAAGCAAGGAGAUGGAGGAGGAGAUGGAGCGGGAAUUUAGUAUGAAGCAGAUCGAAAUACAAAGCCGAUGGAAAAACAAAUGUGACACCAUCCAGGAAGAGUUUAUUGGCAUAACCGAAAACGCACUUCAAGAUGCUAAGGUAAAAUGCAAAGAAGUACACACAGCGAUUGAGGAAAUGUGGAGAGAAAAACAGAUUGAAUUGCAGGAAGGUUGGAUAAGAAAAAUGGAGAAAUUGGAAAUACGAUGGACGAAUAUACUUCGAGAAACUUUGAAGGAGAAGUGCAGAAAUCUAACAGAAAAUUUGGAAAGGAAUUGGGACAUCAAAUGCAUAUCCUUGUCGAAUAAUAGCUGCCGUGAAGGUGAUCCUACCCAAGACAAUGAAAGGAAAGAAAACAAAUUUAGAACGGAAGAAAAUCUGCAAGAAAAACAUAUGAAAAGCGAAGAUUAUGUAGAAGGAAAGAGUACAUCACUCGUAGCUGGGAUGCGACAAGAACUACAAAUAACAGAGAAUAUAGGGCAUCUCGGAAACGAGGUAUCAGGAAGUACUGGAGGUGAAGAGCAACGUUCUGAGAGAACAUUAAAAAGGGAAAAGACAAAGGGGUGUAGAAAACGAUUUACAAAUACCAAUCCUCUUUCUAACUCUUCAACUGUCAUACGAAACGAAAUUAAAAAUGAAGCUGCAAUGUUGACGAAUAAUACAAAUGUUCAAGCAAGUGUCGAAUCAGUAUCGCAGUACAACUUUGAAUCGGACGGAGAAGUGCUGAAUUACAAACAGUAUGACACAGGUGUUCAGGAAGAAACGUUAUGUAAGGAAACGGAACCAAAUUCACGAAAAAGCUCAACCAGCGAUGUAGAGGUCAUACAGAACACCGAGAGUGUAUACGAGCAUUUAGUGGGAGAAAGUGCGUUGAAAAAACAGUGUCUCCCUCUGACAGUACAAACUACUAAACAUUCUUCACUCCAAAACAGAGAGAAUAUAGAAAAUGAGUCAGGGAAGCCGUGCUCGCUACAAAACCAAAGUACCGUCUCCGACACAUCUCACGUGAAGUGCUUGAUGGAAGAUAGGGAGUUGUCUCAGGAUAGUGACACAUCUUCAACAUCGGAUAUCUUUGAACGCUAUGAUAGAAUGAUGUGCAAUUUCUUCUUGGGAAAAGAGUCAUUGAAUAACCAACUCCAAUCUCCGACCCCACCCAUCUCUGAACAGUCUGCUACAUCUAUCAAGUCAGUGGAAGAAGAAGAGUCCACGACACGCCGAAGAUCACGUCCAACACAGGCAGACACUAAACAGAAACGCCCUCAGGAUGAUCCGGAGGAAGGUGAUAUGAUUCGCUUUCUGCCCCACCGGCAGCUUCUCUUGCGUCAUAGAAACGAUCAGCAACGCGUCAGCAUGGGGCUGAUCAAAAAAGCUGAGAGGAUAUCGGAACGCUGCUUGAACAAAGCGGACGAGGAUGGUGCAAAACGCACCUUACAGGCAGAGGAGCGGCGCAGGCUGAGGCUGGGUCGGAAGCUGCUGGGGGCCGCGCGGGCCGGCGACGCGGACCGCCUCCUCGCCCUGUGGCACGCCGGCGCCUACGCGGACGCGCCCGACCGCCGCGGCGAGACGCCUCUGCACGCGGCCGCGGCCGGGGGUGAGUGCAGGGCUUAUUGGAUGACUGCUUAG